AGCGCGUCUGGGAAGGUCUUCCGCUGCUUUAGUGUAUGUAGUGAAUGCAAACACAACAGCGUGCGUUCUGGGAAUUACGACGUUCUAAGAGUGAAAUAGUGAUUAUUUUCUGACUGUUCCCUCUUCGUCGAUACACUUGCUGGAAUUUUGGAUUAUUUCUCUCGGAAAUAUUUUGCGGGAUUAAUUUGUGAGAAGGUACUCAGCCAGUUGGAAGGAAGAAUUCAGCCCACACCACCUCCAUCUCGGAACCAUUCAGAAUCUUGUUCUGAUUUGGAUUUCUACUCAAUCUCCUGGUCUGGAUGUUCACUCUGUACCGGUUUGGCUCAUCGAAUCCCACCGCCUUUGUUGGAUGAUUCAGAAGCUGAGCCAGUAUUAAGAGCCGUCCUCCCCUCAGCAGCCUCCACUGCUCUACAGUACUCAAGCCAAGGACUUGGCUGAGGACCACUCUGCGGGGGUCCACCCCCACCUCCCACCUCCCUCUCUUCUUUCUGAACCAUUGUUUCUUCCACUUCCUGUGAACUUCGACGACAGUGACUGAUUGCACGCUGCAUCUGCCAGUCUCCGCAGGUUCAAGACUACAGGGCUCCCUUGGAUCGGAGCCCCACACCAUGACUUGCUGAAGCCGUCUUUGCUGCUACCCAACCCGCUUCUCCUCAUUCAAGAUGGUCCCUCCGAAACGGAUGAGGAGGCAUCUCCUGCUGGCAGCCCUCGCACUCACUUCCUGUCUACUGUCCGCCAUGGCCACGCCCUUCCCCAAGGACCUGGAGCCAAUCAACAUUGUCGGAUGGGAGCACUCCUACCUAUGCCCAGGGUUCCAGGGGCUGGUGUCGGACAAUGACACAGCCAGACUAGGCCUGGACUUCCAGAGGAUGCUGAGGAUCAAUCACAUACUCUACAUUGCUGCCAGGGACCAUGUCUUUGCAGUAAACCUGACCACAGCUGGUGACGACUUCGUCCCCCAGCUGAAGCUCACAUGGAGGUCCAAGGAUGUGGCCAAGUGUACCGUGAGGGGUAGAAACAGUGAUGAGUGCUACAACUAUGUCAAAGUGCUGGUACCGCGGAACGAUGAGACCCUGUUUGCUUGCGGCACCAAUGCCUUCAACCCCACCUGCCGCAACUACAAGAUGACCACCCUGGAGCAGGUUGGCGAAGAGGUGUUGGGUCAGGCGCGCUGUCCCUUCGAGUCAGGCCAAUCCAACCUUGGCCUCUUUGCUGGUGGUGAUUUCUACUCUGCCACCAUGACCGACUUCCUGGCCAGCGACGCUGUCAUCUACCGUAGUCUUGGCGACGACAGCCCCGUCCUGCGGACCGUCAAGUACGACUCCAAGUGGCUCCGAGAGCCCCAUUUCCACCAUGCGAUCGAGUAUGGGAAUUAUGUCUACUUCUUCCUCAGUGAGAUUGCAGUGGAGUACACCACCCUGGGCAAGGUGGUGUUCUCUCGUGUGGCGCGGGUGUGUAAGAACGACAACGGCGGCUCUCCUCGGGUGCUGGAGCGCUACUGGACCUCCUUCCUGAAGGCGCGGCUCAACUGCUCGGUGCCCGGCGACUCCUUCUUCUACUUCGACGUGCUGCAGUCACUCACCAACGUGCUGCAGAUCAACCAGCGCCCCGCAGUGGUUGGAGUGUUCACUACGCAAGCUAACAGUAUCCCUGGCUCAGCAGUGUGUGCCUUCUACAUGGACGACAUAGAGAAGGCCUUCAAUGGGAAGUUUAAGGAGCAGAAGACCAGUGACUCAGCCUGGACCCCGGUACCGGAGGAACAGGUGCCUAAGCCCAGGCCUGGUUCCUGUGCCGGUGAUGGCCCGGCCUCGGCCUACAAGUCAUCCAUCAACUUCCCCGACGACACGCUAACCUUCAUCAAGUCUUACCCGCUGAUGGACGAGGCGGUGCCCUCCGUCAACGACCGGCCCUGCUUCACCCGCACCACCAGCAGGUACAAGCUGACUCAGAUUGCGGUGGACACAUCUGCCGGGCCGUCUAAGGACCGCACUGUAGUCUUUCUGGGCUCUGAGGAUGGCAGGGUCCUGAAGGUGUUGUCCAGCACUCAUCCUAACGCCUCCUUUGGCUCCCAACUCUUGGAGGACAUUGAUGUCUAUAACCCCUCUAAGUGCAACGUUCAGGGGCAGGAGGACAGGAGGAUUCUGGGAAUGGAGCUGGAUAAGGAGCAUCAUGCCUUGUUCGUGGCCUUCACCAGCUGUGUCAUCAGAGUACCACUCAGCCGCUGCACCGAGCACGGCGCCUGCAAAAAGAGUUGUCUGUCAUCCCGCGACCCAUACUGCAUCUGGCUCCGGACUGGGAGCUGUGCCAACAUGGCGCCAGGGUUCAAGGCUGGCUUUGACCAGGACAUCGAGGGAGACCACUCACUGUACCCUGAAAACUGCCACGCAGAUGUGCUGGCGACCACACGAAACCAGAACUCCGCGGCAGACUCGGCCUACGGUGUCCGAAGGCUCCCUGACAUGGAGAAGUCCAGCCCCAGCGUCCACUAUACCCUCCUGAUCGCCUGCGUUCUGGUGGCCUUCUUCCUCGGCGCCAUCCUCUCCGGCUUCUUGGUGUCAUGCUACUGCAGUCACAACGCCCGCCGUGCCCACCGGCUUGGCAAGGACCCUGAGGCAUCCAUCCACCCCGCCCUCUCGUUGCGCAGCCUGGCCAAGCUAAACGGCCUGCUGGACGGCCAGCCCAAAGAGGAGAAGCUGGACGUGUCCACGCCCAAGAUGUACAGCUCCUUCAUUCCCAGUGGGAAGGAGCACACUCCAGAGAGGCACGGGAUGUCCCUGGGAGACCCGGACCUUAACCUCUCCCAAGGGGAGAACCUCUCGGGCCUGCCCACCCCAGACUCCACCCCGGAGCUGCCCAUCAAGAACAUGAAGGCCUUCCGGAACCAGUGGGAGAGGAACCAGAACUGCAACAACGCCAAGGAGUCCAAGGCACCCCCCGGCACUGGCUUCAGCCUGGGUUCGUCCAGGUCCGUCACCCAGCAGGUGUUCCCCUUCUCUCACAGCCUGACCAACGGCCAAGCCCUGGGGCACCUGCCUGAGGAGAGGAAGAUCCCCAACGAUGAGCGUGCGCAGGGGGCUUUGGCCUCCCACUCCUGCUGCCCGCAGACGGUGGUGGACGUGGCGGCCCUGGACGAGCUCCUCAAGCACAUCUACGAGGUCAGCGCCUCGGGCAGCCGCAGCAUCACUGUGCUGACCUCACCGUGUGCCCCCCUACCGGGUAGCUCCAGUUCCAGCCAUAACCACAGCAGCUUCAGAUCCCAGCCCCAGAUCCCCGAGACUGAGUCAGCCAUGUACUACAGCUCCUCCACCCUGCCCAGGGACAGUCUGACCCGCCGCCUGGACGUGCCCCCGGACGCCGCCGCCGCCACCUCGGCAGGCGCCACCCCACUGCAGCAGCAGUCCAUCCCCGAGCGAAGCGCAGUGACUCGCCACCACUCCCAGAGGCACUUAAUGAUCAAGAUGGGCAACGGAGGGGCCGUCCCGCGCCAACACAGUUUCAGACAGGACGGGGGUGGGCCACCGCCCCACCAACUGCUCACCCGGAUGAACUCGUCAGGUGGUGGUGGGGGAGGGGUCGGCUGUGAGGUCCACCAGCCGCUCAUCCCCAGUGCCUGCCUGACACGGCAGCACAGCUACAGCGAACCACCCCACCUUCACCGCGCAGCCAUCGUACGCCGCACGGCCUCCCUCAAGCCCCAAGUGCCCCCCAAGCCCCUCUUCCUGCCUGCCACUUCGCCCGUAAAUGAGCAAGGCAAGUACAACUACUGAGCGCUAAGGAGUCGGACCUAGAGGCUCCGAAAUGACAGGCGAUGUAACCGCGCUCCUCUGAGUUAGGGAAAGUGGAGCUCAAAGGGGGCAACUACUGGGACUGACACACCUUUUGGCGAGACGCCCGAGAAUAGCCUCCACACCUGAUGUCUUUGUACCAUAUUGGUAUUAUUGCAAUGCUCCUUGAUCACAGAAGGGUGAUGGAUUCACAGAAUAUAGAAAAUGUGGUGGUAUUAUUUUGAGGGGGGGGGG